AAAUCUAAGACGAUACAAUUUGGCACCCACGUCAUAACCCAAAAACAUCCUAAAUUCGUGCCUCCAUUUUCGGCGAUAAUUCAAACCCAAACAACUCUUGCUCUUCUUCAUUUCAUCUUCUCUCUCUUCUUUCCUCCCUCCAUUGUUGAUUCCAUUUCUCUGUUAUCCAUCUCUAUUCCUUUUUUAUAAUCGAGUUUUUUGUUGUUUUCUUAUUCUUACAUUGUUCAUCUUUUUUGUUCUUGAUUCGUCAAAUUUUGGUAAAUUUUCAACCAUUUUCUCUGUUUUCACGCCCACAAAUCCCAAUUACAAUUUCUGCAACCUCACCAAAUCUAACGUCAAUUGAAUGCAAUGUAUAUUUCGAUCAGCUGCAUGAAUUCUGUUUGACAAAAGGCCUAGAAUCAAAUUAAACUUUCACAUUAUCAUUUUUGAUAUUGACGGAAAAAAUUUGAAGAUAGAUAAUAGAUAAUCUAAAGUUUAUACUCCUAUAAAAUAUAAUUUCUGUGGUAUUUCCAGAAAGGUGAGAAUGAGUUGUUUUCCAUGCUUUUCCUCACACAGAAAGAAAGCAUCAAGGAGGUUCCAUAGCCCACUUGGAGAUGUACGUUCUAAUGGUUCUUCUAUGCUAAACAAUCAAUGGAUUGAAACUCAGCCAGCUAACAGUAAAUUAAAGGAAAGCAAGGACAGUAAGGAAAAUAAUAUAGCAGCACAGACUUUCACUUUCAGAGAACUAGCUAAUGCAACAAAGAAUUUUCGUUCGGAAUGUUUGGUAGGUGAAGGUGGAUUUGGAAGAGUAUACAGAGGCCAACUUUCAACAGGACAGACUAUUGCAGUAAAGCAACUUGAUAGAAAUGGAGUACAAGGGAACAGAGAAUUUCUUGUAGAGGUUCUGAUGCUUAGCCUUUUACAUCAUCCAAAUUUGGUUAAUCUUAUUGGAUAUUGUGCUGAUGGAGAUCAAAGGCUCUUAGUGUAUGAAUACAUGUCUUUAGGAUCUUUGGAAGACCAUCUACUUGAUAUUCCACAAGAACAAAGACCAUUAGAAUGGUACAAAAGAAUGAGGAUUGCUUUGGAUGCUGCCAAGGGUCUAGAAUAUCUUCAUGAUAAAGCAAAUCCUCCGGUCAUAUACAGGGACUUGAAAUCAUCUAAUAUCUUGCUAGAGAAGGAUUUUCAUGCUAAACUCUCUGAUUUUGGACUAGCAAAGUUAGGUCCUACAGGAGACAAAGCAUAUGUUUCAACCAGAGUUAUGGGAACAUAUGGAUAUUGUGCACCCGAAUACCAAAGGACUGGUCAAUUGACACCUAAGUCGGAUGUGUAUAGUUAUGGAGUUGUCUUACUUGAGCUAAUUACCGGUCGAAGAGCUAUCGACACCAACAGACCAAGUAAUGAGCAGAAUCUUAUCACUUGGGCACAAGCAUAUUUAGGUAAUCCAAGCAAAUACCAUGAGUUGGCAGAUCCACUUCUAGGAGGGGAUUAUCCAGAGAAAGGUCUAAACCAGGCAGUGGCAAUAGCAGCAAUGUGCCUUCAAGAAGAAGAAACAGCGCGGCCUUUCAUGAGUGAUGUAGUGACUGCCCUCAAUUAUCUGACAUUAAGCUCAGAAAAUGGUUGUAAUUCUCCCUCCGGCAAUUCGUCUCCUGACACCGAGUACACUGAUUAUACCGAGUGUUUGAACCCUCAAAUCCAAGAUAAUGAGUAUCAAGACCGCCAACGAGCUUUAGCUGAAGCCAUGGAAUGGGGUUCUACCCACACUGCUAUAUCUCGUGCUACUAGCAAAAGCUCAUCGUGUGUUGAUCUCAAAACACUAAAAAUUUUCCCUGCAGUGAGCUGAUCAAUAAUUUUAUCCGCCCUGCAGUUCGUAUUCGCUAUGAGUCUGCAGUGUGUUUGUGUUCGGGUUUGCGAAGUUGACAAGAUGCAAUUGCAUAUUACAUAUAUGAGAAAAAUGUUGUGUUUUCAAUUUCUACAUUUUUGGACAUGAUUCAUAUUUGAGGGGGAAACGCUCAAUUAUGCAACAAAUUUUGUAAAUAACAUCUUUAUUUGCCA